AUGGACAAAGAUGCCCUAGCACAUUGGGAAAAGACGCGCACGUUUGCACAAUGGAAAUAUUCACAGGCUGAUACGAACCCACCUAACCCUGACAUGCGACAACUGGCUUCGGUGUAUAUUGACAGUAUGAUUCGAUUUGUUAUACCCCUUUGCUCGAUGAUGGCGGACAGACCAGAGCCCUCCAACCCCAUCACCAGCUCUCUCUAUCUGGUUGAUGCAACCGACUUCGGACUGAAGCGGGCGUGGGGUAUCAGGACUUUCGCCCAGGAGAUUAGUUGGCUGUUGAACACAUGCUAUCCAGAGACCGUCGAAAAAAUCUUUGUGUGCAAUUCCCCUUCGUACUUUCAGUCGAUUUGGAAGUACUUAAAGGGCUAUGUCGAUCCUCAUACAGCGGACAAGAUUGUCUUCUUGCUCCCUGAGGAAGUAUUACCCACCCUGAGAGAGGUCAUCGAUGAUAUCAAUAUCCCUGCAAAGUUUGGCGGAGGUCUUGCAUUUACCCACGGGCAAUCUCCAGACCUUGAAAAUGAUAUUAAGCAGCAUUUGGGACUGGAAGAUCCGUCAAAUACUCUACCCCCGGGUCCCAUCAAGUGGAUUGAGGAGUUGGAUGGUAGGAGAACUGCCUUGGCUGUUGGUAGCCAAGGCGGCGCCGAAAGAAGUGACAGGUUUGCCACUAUUGAUGUACCGGCGAGCAACAUUUCCGCUCAAGCGCUCUCAGUCGAAGCAUAA